AGCGGUUUCAGUUCACACGAUGAAUAACACAAAGGAGAAGAAGAAGGAGUGCCAUGAUGAUCUUCUGCUUAGGGUGGGACUCAAUGAUAAUAAAGCAGGAAUGGAAGGACUAGAUAAAGAAAAAAUUAACAAGAUUAUCAUGGAAGCCACAAAGGGGUCCAGAUUUUAUGGUAACGAACUCAAGAAGGAAAAGCAAGUCAACCAACGAAUUAAAAAUAUGAUGCAACAAAAAGCUGAAAUUACCAUUCAGCAGCUACGGAAAGCACAAUUACAGGUUGACAGAUUUGUGAUGGAAUUAGAACAGAGCCGGGAUCUGAACAAUACCAUAGUGCAUAUUGACAUGGAUGCUUUCUAUGCUGCUGUAGAAAUGAGGGACGAUCCAGAACUGAAAAGCAAGCCCAUUGCUGUAGGCUCCAUGAGUAUGCUGUCUACUUCAAAUUACCAUGCAAGGAGGUUUGGUGUUCGUGCAGCCAUGCCAGGAUUUAUUGCUAAGAGGCUCUGCCCACAACUUAUUAUAGUGCCCCCAAACUUUGACAAAUACCGAGCUGUAAGUAAAGAGGUUAAGGAAAUACUUGCUGAGUAUGAUCCCAAUUUUAUGGCCAUGAGUCUUGAUGAGGCCUACUUGAAUAUAACAAAACACUUACGGGAAAGACAGAAUUGGCCUGAGGAAAAAAGAAGGUAUUUCAUCAAAACGGGAAAUUCUGCAGAAAAUGAGAAACCAAGAGAAGAAGAUCAUAUAUUGAGUGAGCAUGAACUAUCCGUCUCUCCAUUGCUUUUUGAAGAUAGUUCUCCUGGCUUACAAGCUCCAGAAAUUCCUUUCCAAGUGAACUCUGAAGAACAGAACAAUCCUUUGAAACUCCAACACUCGGUUGUUUUUGGAACAUCAGCUGAGGAAGUCGUAAAGGAAAUUCGUUUCAGGAUUGAGCAAAAAACAACACUGACAGCCAGUGCAGGUAUUGCCCCAAAUACGAUGUUAGCAAAAGUAUGCAGUGAUAAGAAUAAACCAAAUGGACAAUACCAGAUUCUCCCCAACAGACAAGCUGUAAUGGAUUUCAUCAAGGAUCUUCCCAUUAGAAAGAUCUCGGGAAUUGGAAAAGUUACAGAGAAAAUGUUAAAGGCCCUCGGAGUAAUUACUUGCACAGAACUCUACCAACAAAGAGCUUUGCUUUCUCUCCUCUUCUCUGAAACAUCGUGGCAUUAUUUCCUCCAUAUCUCCCUGGGACUAGGCUCAACCCAUCUGGAAAGGGAUGGUGAGAGAAAAAGUAUGAGCGUUGAAAGGACGUUCAGUGAGAUAAGUAAAGCAGAAGAACAGUACAGCCUGUGCCAAGAGCUUUGCAGUGAACUUGCUCAAGAUCUUCACAAAGAAGGACUUAAGGGUAGAACUGUUACCAUUAAGCUGAAGAAUGUGAACUUUGAAGUCAAAACACGUGCAUCUACAGUCUCGUCUGUUGUUUCUACUGCACAAGAAAUAUUUGCCAUUGCAAAGGAAUUGCUGAGAACAGAAAUUGAGGCUGAUUUUCCACAUCCCUUGAGAUUAAGACUUAUGGGUGUGCGGAUAUCUAGUUUUCCCAGUGAAGAAGACAAGAAACACCAACAAAAGAGCAUCAUUGGCUUCUUACAGACCAAAAAGCAAGCCCUGGCCGCCACUGGGUGUACACUGGAGACCACAGACCAAGAUCAGUGUAAAAAACCUCUGGAAAUGUCCCAGAAGAAGAGUUUCUUCGAUAAAAAAAGAUCAGAAAUGAAAUGGAGCCAUGAAGACAGUUUUACAUGUGAAACAGUGAAGAAGCAUGAUUUACACAUAUCACCACCAUUCCAAGUUUUAAAGAAGAUGAUGCAUGAGAACAUGGGAACAUCAGGGAAAUCAGAUAACUGUCAGAUAUUUACCUGCCCUGUUUGCUUUAGGGAGCAAGAAAGUGUCAGUCUAGAAGCCUUUAACAGGCAUGUAGAUGCUUGUCUUGGUGGGCCUUCAGUCAGUGAAGCUCAUGCUUCCUCAAGAGACGUUUACAAGGAGGAAAAUGGGCAUCAUUCUCUCUCACUCUGUGAGAAGCAGGAUUCUGAGACCCCUCAGAAACAUACAGAAAUCACUUCAGUAGACAGUGAGGAUUUGGUAGAGACCAUAGAUAACACAUCUAAAGUAGAAAGUCAAGGUGCUUUACAAAGUCCACGCAGCAGAGAGGGGUGCUGUCGCCUUCCAAGCGCGUCUUUCGAUAGUCAACACUGUCAUCAGAAUUCUUCUGUUUCAUUGGAAAGGGAAGAUGGCGGGUCAUCCCUCCAGCCUUCUUCACAUGAAAUGAUAACAGGCCAAGCUCUGGUGUGUCCUGUGUGUAAUUUAGAGCAAAAGACUUCAGAUCUUUCCCUUUUCAAUACUCAUGUGGAUGUGUGCUUAAAUAAAGGUAUUAUCCAGGAAAUGAGGAAGGACACAGUUAACCAGCCCAAAGAAAGCUCAACCAGUACUGGUAACUCAGACAAAGCACAGAAGACUACGACACGAGCCAAAAGGACAGGACAGAUAACCAAGUACUCAAGGUCAAAGAAAAUAAAACCAAACAAUUCAAGAAGCACCCUGGAUCUAUUUUUUCAAUGAACAGUGAACCUUUUAAUCAUUCACUUGUUCAUUGGAACUGGCUCUUUUAUAGCCCACAAGUUGGUCUUCCUCAUCAUAAGUGUUAGUAUUUAGUAAAAUGAAAGUGCAAUAAUCCCUCUCCAAAAGAUACUUCCUUUCAUAUGAAUUCAGAAUAUAUACCAAGUUACUUCUUUAAACCUUUUAGAAAAUGAUGAGAAUUUCAGUAUGAUCAUCAACUUGGAGUCAGUGAUAUGAGAGAUUUUUUUAGAGACCUCAGAAUAAGAAUAUAAAGUAUUUAUUUAUAAUGGCUAUACGAACAUAUUUAUUAGGACUCUCAGAGAUUCACAAAAACCUGUAUACCUUAAGAAUUUUUAGCACUAGAUAUUUCAAAUCCUCAUUUCUCUUAAGUACCUCAUAGCUUUCAUAAUUAAAGCUCACCAUAAGUGCUAUGAAGAAUAUUAGCAGAAGUAGUAUGAGUGGUUUGUACUUUAAGGAAAAUAUCACAGUCUAUUUGUUACAGAGAUUUUUAUGUAAAGUGUGAUUGUUUUUAAAAUCUUCUUAUCGUGUGAGUAAGCCCUUUAUGUAAUAUUUACCCACAACUCAAGGUUGUUGUUUUCUUAUCUAAGACUUUUAAAUUGCAUUAUUUCAUUUUUUUGGCAAUUAUGUUUGUACUUUCUCUAAGAGAAAAAUGUGCAAUCCAAAAGAUUAAUCUGUAGUAGGAUACCACAUUUAUCAUACAUGUUUAUUAAUAUUUAUGAAAGAAGGCAAUUCUGAAUGGCUGUUCUAAACAUUUUUGAGCUAUCAGUAACUUAGAGAUCUUAUCAAGAGACAGUGAUUUAAUUGGAGCACCAAGAUGAAAACCAGUUUCGGUUAAUGCUUUAGGAAUUGAAUCUUAGCUCUCUUGUAUUUUUUUUGUUUUGUUUUCCUGGUUUUUGUAUUUUAAUAACAAGGAUAUAGUAUUUUAGGAAUAGCUUAAGUUAGAAUAUUGAAUGUAAUUUUUGUAUAUAAUAUUUGGCCAAAGUAGUAACUUAACUAGAUUAUUUAAAAUUAGACAAGCCUAUUAUUAUAUACUGUUAUUCUAUUAUUAUAUUCUGUGAUGAAUUCAGAAAGUUGUAGAGUUAUAAUUCUUGAUUGUAUGACUUAUAUAAGUGCUGUGUAAAAUUGAAAUCAAUGAAAUACUGAUUCCAUAUGUUGAAAAUAGCAGCAUAUUUAAUUGCUUUUGUCCUUAGUAAUAACACAAAGGUGCCCUCUAUUUUCCUGGAAAUCCUCGCCACGCCAAUAAAUAAACAGGAUGAAUAAAAACUGGACAAUGGAAACUCUA